UGUCGUCUAACGUCAAAAUGGUGAGUCAACAAAAUCUGUCAAUUUUUGUUAAAUGUAAGAUGUUAAGGCAUUAUAUUAGAAAAACUGAACGUUGUAUAUAUCCAGAUGGUUACAUUUUGAAAGCUGCCAAGAAAGUUGUUGCUGAGAAACAAAAAGUAUGCUGUGAUGUUUCCAAAGAAACCUCCAUCCCAAAAAGAGCUCUACUGAGAUAUGUCAAAAAUUUCUUGGCUACUGGAAUUCAAGAUGAAGUUGAAGCAACUACAAUCAUUGGGGGUUACCAAAAACCUCGUAAGGUUUUCAGCAGCGAACAAGAAAGCAAUCUUAGCAGUUACGUCAAAAGGGCCAGUGACAUUUAUCAUGGAAUCACUACCACAGACAUGAGAAGAUUGGCUUAUCAGUACGCUACCCAAGAAAAAUGUAUUGUCCCUCUUUCUUGGUCGGUCAAGAAGGAAGCUGGAAGAGACUGGCUCUCUGGUUUCAUGAGAAGACGUCAAGACCUUUCUAUCAGAAAACCACAAGAAACAUCUCUAAGCAGAGCUACCAGCUUCAACAAGCAUUACAUUGAUUCCUUCUUUGACAAUGUUGUGGUUGAACUUCAGGUGAGAGAUGCACACUGGUUACAGUCUGCCUUACAGUAUCUGCAACAGGGACGUCUAUUCCACCAUAUUUUGUCUUUCCACGAGUUCAUUUAAAGGAAUAUUUCCUCAAUGGUGCCCCUCUUGGUUCUGUUGGAUCAGCCAAUAAGUCUGGCUGGAUAUGUCAGAAAGAUCGGUCGACUUUGCUCCAUCUUUCGUCACGGAUCGUCCUUUUAAUUCAUCACCAGUCCCAUCUUCAUAGAAAUCCCAGCAUCCAACGAUAACAUCGUCCAAGAAGGCCAAACUCCCGUUCCAGUCCAAAAAGACCAAACUCCCGUUCCAGAGAACCACAUCACACACGGCCAAUGUUCUUAGUUAUUUUAAUGAUCUUGAUGUCGUGGCCAUUUUAAUUUUUGAUUUUUAAAUAACUCAUGUAUCGUUGUCAUUUCCACCAAGAAUAUACUUUUGAAUCUUAA